UCUUUCAAGCGCUCCAUGGAAACCUGUGUUGUUAUUGUUGCCGUUUUGUCUCAGUUCUUCUGGACAAAUUACUUAAGAGACACUUUUCUUAGUAGUAGCGUUCUUCAGGUGUAGCGUCGACAGGAGAAACGGCGGCACUCCCACGUUCGUAAUGGAGGGAAGAUGUAUUGUACGCUACAAAUGUAGUCAACCUGGCCCUAUACAGGAUGUAUUGAGGCAAAGACCGGGCUGGAUUGAAGUCAAAGAUGAUAGUGAAUGGGACUUCCACUGGUGUGGUGUUGGCUGGCUCAAGGAGAAUUUGUACAUGGAGGAACACGUAAGAGUCAACCAUUUUCGAAACCAUUAUGAGCUGACGCGCAAAGACUUCAUGCUGAAAAAUCUGAAAAGAUUCAAAAAGAAUCUUGAAAGGGAGGCCAGCUGCACAGAGGGCUCUAAAUGUGAUUUCUUCCCUUGCACUUUUGCUCUUCCUAAUGAGUAUCAUCUCUUUGUGGAGGAGUUCAAAAGAAACCCCGGUAGCACCUGGAUCAUGAAGCCGGCAGCAAAAUCUCAGGGGGCAGGCAUCUUUCUUUUUAAAAAACUAAAAGAUAUCAUGGAAUGGAGGAAGCAUGACGGCACCCGCUCAGAGGAGCAGAAAGAUGCAGCUCAAGUGGAAAGCUAUGUGGCGCAGCGCUACAUUGAGAACCCCUACCUUCUUGGGAGGAAGUUUGAUCUGCGAGUCUAUGUGAUGGUCACAUCAUAUUUUCCUUUGAAGGCAUGGUUAUAUAGAGAGGGCUUUGCUCGCCUCUCAAGCACACGCUUCUCCCUUAGUAGUAUUGAUGAUAAGUAUGUCCAUCUCACUAAUGUGGCAGUUCAAAAAACAGCACCUGACUAUGAUCCUGAAAAAGGAUGUAAAUGGAAGAUACAGAAGCUCCGGAGGUUUCUGACUGCAAAGCACGGAAGGCAGGUGGUGGAAACCCUGUUCAAAGAGAUGGAUAAUAUCUUCAUCAGUAGCCUCCAGAGUGUACAGAAGAUCAUUAUAAAUGACAAACACUGCUUUGAGCUCUACGGCUAUGACAUUAUGUUAGAUGAGAACCUCAAACCGUGGUUAAUUGAAGUAAAUGCCUCUCCAUCACUUGCACCUAGUAGCCAAGAGGAUUAUGACAUGAAGUACAGUCUGCUGGAAGACACCGUGAAUAUAGUGGAUAUGGAAGGAAGGUUGACUGGAAAAGAGAAAAGAGUGGGUGGGUAUGAUCUCGUGUGGAAUGACGGGCCUGUCUAUAGUGAGGACGUUGACCCAGAAAUAUUUGGCUGUUCAUCUUUAAAAGCCAACACAUACUUGGGGUGUGCAAAUGACAGAGAACACCAACUAAAUACGCUUCUCAAAAAUGUUCCCGGCCAGAAGCGGAUAUAAAUUUGUCACUAAACAACUUUCUUCAUGCCCCCAGUUCUAUUUCAUGUCUUCCUGUGCCCCAUGUUUUUCAUGCCAUUUCGAUACUGUGUCCAACUGUUCUUCUUUUCCUCGUUGUCUCGUCAGGUAGCAUUUAGUUCCUGGUUUGUUUCGUUUCUUGGAUCAUUGUCUCACCCCAUGUUUCUGGAUCCAGUCAGGUUGAUUAUUGGUCAGUAUUCUGCUUUCCAUGUUUGUGAAAUUGGUCACAGAUUUUUGGACUUUGUUAAAUUAGUGUUUAUACUUUUUCUGUGUACGUAGUUUGCCAUCUUUGUUUUCACUAUUAAAUAUCACUUGUGAGACUUCUGCACUCCUGCCUUGUUUCCGUGCACUUGGGUCCUCCACUUCUUGCCUUUGGCGCCUCCAACAACCCAAACCUUGACAGAAAAAAAAAUGACCAGAACAGGACCCAGCAAGACACCCACGCCCUCACACUCCCUGCAGGGCACCAGUCUGCCUAUCGGCAGCUGCCGCAGGCUCCCUUCUUCCUUUCCUCUUAGAGUGAGGGUGAAUGGAACUUUCAUUGGAGUGA